AUGAAUGCUACUAAGCGGAAGUUCAAUGCCUUAUUACAAGGGAUCGGCGCGAAGCCAAUACCUCAGUCGCCAUCAACAGAAGCGCAAAACGAUACUUCAAAUUCGCCUCUGAAUCGACCCUCAACCCCAAACUCGAGUUCAUUACCCAACAACGCCUUGACCCCGAAUAAAGAGAUGCCUUCCGGAAGCGUACCCUCAACCCCCAGCGAUCUCCUGAAGCGCCGGCGUGUAGGUGUCCUAGAGUCUACUCCAGGUAACGAAAAACCAGGCGGAACUAUUAUUUCAAACGUCGUACUGAAGAAAUGGGCGCCAAAUGGCAGUGCUGUCUCUCCAGCUAAGGGAACAAAGACUGAAGCACCAAAGUAUUGCCCUAGCGAUCGCAACGAGUUGAUCAGGCGACUUGGGACAUUUCAAGAACUAACAGAAUGGACUCCAAAGCCGGAUAAAGUCAAUGAGAUCGAAUGGGCCAAGAGAGGUUGGGUCUGUAAUGGAAAGGAGCGCGUAAGUUGUACGCUAUGCCACAAAGAGUUGGUUGUCAAGAUGAAUAAAACAGAGGUGGAUGGUAAGGAGGUUCAGAUCAUGGUCGGCUCAGAUAUUGAGGAGGGCUUGGUAAAGAGAUUUGUCGAAUUGAUCAUCGAUGCGCACCAAGAAGAUUGCCUAUGGAGAAGACGCGGAUGCGAUGACACUUUGCUCAGACUAUCCUUAACGAGUCCACCAACUGCGCUAGCCUCCCUUCGCCAACGGUACGAUGAACUUUGCGCGCGACAAUAUUUUCUUCCCUAUCUCUUCAACCUCCGCUUGCCGGCAAACUUAGAUCUACAAGCUGCCAAGUCACAAUUGGCCUCAAACUUCUUUAGCGACCCUCCGCCACCAAGUACGAAUCCAUCAGUUCCAAACGAUGUAGCUCUCGCCCUUGCUCUUACAGGCUGGCAGGGCCUAACAAACCCGCGUGUUGGUGCGGUACCUAAUUCGGCAACUUGUGCUACAUGCCUACGCCGCUUAGGAUUGUGGAUGUUUAAAAGCAAAGAGGUAGACGAAGAAACAAAGCAGGUUCUCGUUCCGGCACCUAUGGAUUACCUUGAUCCUGUACGUGAGCACCGCUUCUUCUGUCCCUGGCGGAAUGCCACGGUUCAGCACAAUCCUGGUGCAAAAAAGGUAGACAACAAAACCGCUUGGGAGAUACUUGCGCAAACGAUUAAAAAUAACUCAUACCUUCGCGCGCAAGCGGAGAAGAGUAACCAGCGCUCUUUUUUCCAUCGCUCCUCGGCAUCCGUCCCAACAACGCCAGUGAAAGGAAGGCAAGCAGGAGAUGGGCGUUCGCCCAUGCUAGGAUCGGAUGAUGAAGAGGAUAUGACUGCCAGAGACGCGAAGGAUAAGGAAAGAUGGGCGCGUUUGAGGAAAGUGAAAAACCUAUUCGACACAAAGAAUGGAGUAAAAUUACGACGUUCAUUAUCCCGACCAGCAACUGCUACAAGUCGCCCAGCUACUGCGCAUUCGAGGCAGGGCAGCGUCCCACCUGAAACAGGAGGAGAGAAAAAAUAA